GGAGGUGCGGACGGCGGGGGAUGAUGGCGCCGCUGAGGGACUGUAAGGCCUGGCAGGAUGCUGGACUUGUCCUGUCCACUACUAGCAAUGAAGCUUGUAAACUAUUUGAUGCUACGCUGACCCAGUAUGCAACCUGGGCCAAUGAUGAGAGCCUUGGAGGUAUUGAGGGGUGUCUCUCAAAGUUAAAAGCAGCAGAUCCAAAUUUUACGAUGGGACAUGUCAUUGCUAAUGGUUUGGAGCUGAUCGGCACUGGAAGCUCCGUGCGGCUCAACAAAGAGCUGGACAGUGCAAUGAGAACCAUGAUGAUGCUUUCAAAAUCACAGCCACUGACUGAGCGGGAGAAGCUUCAUGUAUCAGCACUGGACAUGUUUGCCAGUGGCCAGCUUCCAAAAGCUUGUGAUCUAUGGGAACAGAUUCUGCAGAGCCACCCAACUGACCUGCUAGCCCUCAAAUUCUCCCACGACACUUACUUCUACCUAGGAUAUCAGACACAGAUGCGAGAUUCUGUUGCCCGGGUUUAUCCUUUCUGGACACCUGAUAUUCCACUAAGCAGCUAUGUGAAGGGCUACUACUCUUUUGGACUCAUGGAGACAAACUUUUUCGAUCGUGCUGAGGAGCUUGCCCGUGAGGCUUUGGCGAUAAAUCGAACAGAUGCAUGGUCUGUACAUACUAUAGCUCACGUAAAUGAAAUGAAAGCAGAGGUCAACAAAGGGUUAGAAUUUAUGAAGGAAACGGAAAACAACUGGAAGAACAUUGAUAUGCUCGCUUGCCAUAAUUACUGGCACUGGGCUUUAUACUUCAUUGAAAAGGGUGAAUAUGAAGCUGCUUUGACAAUCUAUGACAAUCAUAUUGCUCCCCGGUGUCUGUUGAGUGGAAGCAUGCUGGAUAUAGUAGACAACUGCUCGAUGCUGUACAGGCUUCAUCUGGAAGGUGUAAAGCUUGGAGACAGGUGGAACAACGUUCUCAAGCUCACAAAGCAGCACACCAAAGAUCACAUUCUUCUGUUCAAUGAUGUACACGUCUUGAUGUCCUCACUUGGAGCCAAAGACCACAAAGCUACUGAUGAGCUUUUAACAACUCUUCAGGAACUUGCCAAAGCACCUUGUGAAGACCAUGAGCUUUCCCUGGCUCCCAGUUUGGGGUUGCCGCUGUGCCAGGCUUUUGUAGAGUUUGAAAAUGGAAACUGUGAUAAAGCUGUAGACCUGCUGUACCCCAUCCGUUAUCAACUAGUCCAAGUAGGAGGCAGUAAUGCUCAGAGAGAUGUUUUCAGCCAGUUAUUGAUUCAUGCUGCUUUAAAUUCUAAAUCACAAGCCAAACGAAACCUUGCGAGGUGCCUCCUGAGAGAACGUGAUGGGAUGAGGCCAAACUCCCCAAUGACGGAGCGACUUAUGAGGAAGGCAGCAACUGUUCAUUCAAUGGCAUAAGGUUUUCCCCUGUGCUUCAGCUGAAACAGCAAUAAGUUUUCCAAGCAAAGGCUGGGCACAGGGAGUAAAGCCAGUCUAAUCUCUAGUAAUCUCUAGUAAACCAUGCUAGAGAUUCAUAGUAGGUAAGAGUACCCAGUGAAUCAGAGAUCCGAUGAUGAUUUCUUUAAAAAAAACUAUACAGCUGUUGUAUUGCAGGAGGUUGUAUCUUAGAUGAUUCCACAAGGGAAAAAAAGACAAUAACCUGCUGAUAAUGCACAGCUUUCUGAAGGAUCCUGGGACGCUGCUUUUUCUGGUAUAUUUUCCUGAAGGUUCCCUCUGACCCUGAUUAGAUACAGUACAGUAACAGUGCCUGGAUUUCAAUCAUUCAUUGGCCCAAUUUGUUACUUUGUUAAUAUGUUAAAUAAUCAGUAAACUGCUCAGAUAAUUCAAAUGGGCCUUUUAAACAUAGCUAAUAGGAAAGUACGGGGCUAGAGCCAAUACAGGCAUCAACUGAAUUCCAUAUCAAGCUUCCAGUCCAUUCAGGCAUGAGUCAGAGACUGGCAUUACAGAUGGGUCUCCAUUCAGGAUCUCUUUCCAGGUGCAUAUUUUUAAAGUUCCUCCCAUGAAAUGUUAAACUUUUUCCUUUCAAUAUAGCACCUCGGACCUUUCUGAAAUUACUAUGUGAAUGAAACCCAACGAGGGAUAAUAGCUGACUGCCACUAUUCUAACAUGGGUACUCCCUUGGCAUUUUCACAUCUUUCAGGAAAAAAAAAAAGAAAAAGCCUGGGUUUCAGCUAAAACAGUGCCAUCUCUGAAUGGUAGUUUAGACCGGUGUCUUUGUGCUUACCUGAGCUUUUGGAAAGUCAGGCCUUACUACUCAGUAGCACGAGUCCCUGCGUGUUACCAAAGUUUAAAACCAGUGUUAAAGUGUGCACUUUAUAGGGCUAUAUCUCAGAGGAGGCGAAGACUGGAAGGGAGGUUCUGCCACAGGUAAAGAGCUACAGGGAACCUGUACAAAGCUUUGUCCCGGCACAAGUGAUGUGACAAAUUUUGGUGCUGCAAAUGAGGCACAAUAUGAGCCGUGUAACUCUCUGAAAUUCUGGUGCCUUUGGAUUGCUGGAGCGUAGCCGAGCCAACAGAUUGCCUUGCAACAGAAAUCCUUAAUGAAGGGAAAGAGGGUAUUUCAAACCAAAAAUGAACUAACGCCUCUUCUUCUUUUACCUGAAUGGAAAUGCCACACUCUUCAACUGCCCAAGCUCUGGUAUCACAUCUGCAAGCUCUCUGGGACACAAACACCUGCCUGUCCAGCUCAGGCUCUUCCCCGUGUCCCACAGCAGCCCCAUCCCUCAUACAGUUUCCUUUUGACCUGAAAAAGCACUUUCGUAGCUGGCCCUGCACCACCCCUGGAGUUCCUGCAUAGAGGAGUAAGAUGUGGAAGCAGCUUGCUGCAACCCUUCCCCCAGCCCUGCCUUGAGGAAAAAAUAGUUUAAUAUGAAAUCAAUGAAUCAAUGAUCAUUUUUGAAACCAGCUAAGGGUAUUGCUUCCUUGUGUGCAGCCUUUUGAAACCUGCACAGUCAUAAAUACCUGUUCUUCAGCUUCCUCACUGCUGUCCAGCCCUGUCUGUGAUGGGCUCGCUCUGUGCUGAAGUUCUCCAACAUUUUUACUAUUAUUUUAAUCAGCGCAUUUCAAGCAAUGACUUUAGCCAGGUAACUUUUUACUCCAGGAAUGUAACACACCUUUUAUAAGGGAAGAAAAGCCUGAGAAAUCUGCUGCCUGUUCAUGACGUGUUGUAGUUCACGUGAUCCAUUGCUACACAAAUUUAAGAAUGACACUUGUAGUACUUUUGAUAUAAUGUGGUUGAGGAUUUUGUCUGCUUUACAUCAAUAAAUUUUAAAGAGUGCUCAGUUGAGCUGCAA